UGUUUGGCUGACGGCAGGAUGGGGAAGGUGGCGGCCCUCGGUGCCGAGCUGGGCGUGCGGCUCGCCCUGUUCACGGCCUUCCUGGUAACGGAGCUCCUCCCUCCCUUCCAGAGGCUGAUCCAGCCAGAGGAGAUGUGGCUUUACCGGAAUCCGUAUGUGGAAGCCGAGUAUUUCCCCACCAAGCCCAUGUUUGUCAUUGCAUUUCUUUCCCCACUGUCCCUGAUCCUCUUGGCCCGAUGUCUCAAGAAGGCUGGUGCGACCGACAGCAAACAAGCCUGCCUGGCUGCCAGCCUUGCCCUGGCUCUGAACGGUGUGUUUACGAACACAAUAAAACUGAUCGUGGGCAGGCCACGCCCAGACUUCUUCUACCGCUGCUUCCCCGACGGGCAAGCCCAUUCCGACUUGACGUGCACAGGGGAGAAGGACGUGGUGAAUGAGGGCCGCAAGAGCUUCCCUAGUGGACAUUCUUCCUUUGCAUUUGCUGGUCUGGCCUUCGCUUCCUUCUACCUGGCAGGGAAGUUACAUUGCUUCACACCACAAGGCCGUGGGAAGUCUUGGAGGUUCUGUGCCUUUCUGUCCCCUCUCCUCCUUGCAUCUGUGAUUGCGCUGUCCCGCACAUGUGACUAUAAGCAUCACUGGCAAGAUGUACUAGUUGGAUCCAUGAUUGGCCUGACAUUGGCCUAUGUCUGCUACAGGCAGUAUUAUCCUCCUCUGACGGACGCGGAAUGUCAUAAACCAUUUCAGGACAGACUUGGACUGCCCACAGCACAGAAGCCUGGUGACCCUUAUCAUUUUAGUAUUUAGAAAUUAGAACUACCUCAAUGGAGAUUAGGUGCGGCAGCCCCUCUAAACUGCCCAAGACAAGAAUGUCUGACCUGUUAACUCUUAAGAGAUACAGGUGAGGACACAGCACUUCAUUCUGUCUCCAUAUAUUUAUGCAGUUUUGCUCACAUGGAUUUGUCAAGAGUCCAGGUUCAAGGUUCAUUUUCACGACUCUGUGCCACACAUUCUGAUAAAAAGAUCUUCCAGUAGCCUGCCAGAUUGGUAUCCCAGGAUCUACAGUGUUUCACAUUUAACUUAAAUGCCAUUCUUGAAGGAUCUUUCACAAAGAAGCCUUUACAUACCCUAGAACCCACAGUUAAAUUUCCAUUUUCCAUAGCUCAGACUCUUCAAACCCAGGGCACGACCAAUUAAAUUAUUUUGGUUCUGUUUACUUUCUCUAGUGACAAUUCCAUCAAGCUUUAAAUAGGAAAAUGUCCAGUUCUCGCUUCUUUACCGCCUUACACGUGUGUCUUAUCUAAAUCUAGCUAACACACUGCUGUCCAUUUUGAAUCCUGUGGGCAUAAAUUAUUUACUGAACCAGUGAAUAAUUUUUUUAAAUGGUAAAGACAAAUGAGGUGGAAAUCAUUAGUUGCUAGUAUUGAAACCACACUCCUGAACUGUGUUCAUGAGCCACUUUCCAUCCGUGUAUGACUGAAGAUCUGCCCAAAUGCAUCAAUUCUGCAACUGGCUAAGGCAGGAAAGAAUGUUCUUGUCUGGAGAACAAAUGAACUUUUUCUGUCCCUUCUUCAUAAUGGGAUAUAAGGAACAAUUACAGGACAUCAUCAGAACUGAUGCUACUGGACCAACAACUGCCCUUCUCUUUGUGAUUAUACUUUAAAUAUGACCUUGUCUGAUGUGUUUCUUUCUACAUUUUCAAUGUAUCUUUUUCCUUAAAUAAAUGUGACAAAGAAAACGGUGAA